AUGGGCAACAGCCAGGGCAAACCCGUUGAUCUCAACGGCGAAGUGAACCUCAACCAUUUCCGCCUGCUACGAGUCGUCGGCCGAGGUGCCUUUGGAAAAGUCCGGAUCGUCGAGAGGAAAGACACAGCACUGUCCUUUGCUUUAAAAUAUAUACGGAAAGAUGAAGUUGUACGGUCAGAAAGCGUUCGAAACAUCAUACGAGAACGACGCAUGCUCGAGCAUGUGAACCAUCCUUUCAUAUGUAACUUGCGUUACAGCUUUCAAGAUAUCGAGUACAUGUAUUUGGUGGUUGACUUAAUGACGGGAGGCGAUCUACGAUUUCACAUAUCGAGAAAGACGUUCACCGAAGAGGCCGUCCGUUUCUGGAUUGCCGAACUUGGUUGUGCUCUCAAAUACAUACACGAGCAAGGCAUUAUACACCGUGACGUCAAGCCGGAUAACGUGCUGCUAGACGCAGACGGCCAUGUCCACUUGACAGAUUUCAACGUUGCCUCCGAUGUCGUCCCCGGAAAGGUCUUGACCAGUAAGUCUGGCACAUUGGCUUAUCUGGCGCCUGAGGUCUAUGGUGGCAAGGGCUACACCGUUACGGCAGAUUGGUGGUCAUUGGGUGUUUUGUUCUACGAGUGCAUUUACAACAAGCGACCCUUCGAAGGCAACUCGGAGUCGAGCCUGUCCAAUGUCAUCACCGCUGCUAACCCCAAGUUCCCCAUUACCUCACCGCCGGUAUCGCUACCCUGUCUCUACGCCAUACAAAAGGCUUUGGACUCGAAUCCCAAGACGCGAAUGGGCUCGACGUGGGAAAGCUUCAUUCACCACGAGUUUUUCCGAGUUAUCGACUUUGAUGCUUUGUUGAGGAAGGAACUUGAGCCCGUAUUUGUGCCCUCCGCCGAUAAAACCAACUUUGACGCCACCUAUGAUUUGGAAGAGCUGCUAUUGGAAGAGGCCCCCCUAGAGGCAAGAGCACGAAGACAGAAACCGCGCGAGAAGCUCAAGGAUGAUGCAACUGAUAAAGAGAUACGCGAAGAGGAACUGUACAAGUCCAUUGAGAGAGACUUUGCGCCAUUCGAUUACACCGUUGCUGCGUACAACAAAAUGACUGCUAUGCAAGGUGAAGGCGGCAAUGGCAUGUCAGAAGAUGGCCGAGCACCUGGCCCGGGUCAGCCGGACGGUGCAACUCAUGGUCAGGCAAUGAGUGUCAACGCAGCUGUACCCGCCCAGCCUAAUGGGAAUGCAGGUUUUUAUCGACCGGAACAUGUGCAGAGGCACAUGUCGAGCGAGCAUCAUCGAGACUACAGCAAUCCUGACCGACAAGGUCGAUCCGCCCCUGGCAGGCCCCCACCUCUACCACCAUACCAAACCUCUUAUACUAAUCGGAGUGUACAACCGACGGGCAUGCGUGUUGAGUCUCCAACCGGUGGUGUGCAAGUGACAAUCGAUGCUGCCGGCAGCUGGUCACAAUUGGCACGACAGGACGCCACAUUACCCGCGGAUGCGAAAGACGCGGGUGACGACAAGGGAGGUAGUUCUAGCGGCGGCGUCUUUGGACUGUUCGGCCGCAAGAAGGGCCGCGGGCACAGUCCCAAGCCGAAGGAAAGGGGAGUGUUGGGCAAGGAAGGUGCCCGAGUCGUCAUUGGCUGA